GGAUGGAGAGAAUUUCAUUAGUGUAUGGCAUUGGCUGCCCUUGUAGAAGGGUCUCAGAACGCAGAGGAAGGAAGGGGGAGGAGGUUGACAGAUGAGAAGGGAACAGGAGAAAGGAGGCAGAGGAUGAGGGGGAAAUGAAGGGAGCUCCCAAAAUGUGGGGGAAAGAGUGUCCAGUAUGGGACAAGCUAUUUUUGGCUGCAAAAUGGGAUGUCCCUCCAAUGCAGCACUGUUGGGAACCCUAGCCGGCCUGGAGUUUAGCUCCCACUGGUCACAGCAGCCAGGGGUGUAGCUAGGGUAGAGUAGUAGUGGUGAGCCAUUCCAGGUAGGAAUCUCCUGAUCAGCUGACGUCCCGCAGCCCCCUCCCCUUGCCCUGAGCCUCGCCCCGGCUAAGGACGCCCCUGCAAAAGAGGAGAAGUGGUUGCAGAGAGACAGGGCUGACACUUCACCGAACGACAGCAGCAAGUGAAGGCAAACUAAGGGCAGACGGCUUCGUCCGACAGGACUGAGCAUGCUACGCUGAACCGGGCAUGCUCAGUAACAACAAAAUGUGGCGGAAAGAGUGUCCAGUGCUGGCUUUCUGACAAGUAGGGCGUCUGUGCGGUACACCGCGAGGGGCAUCAUGACGGGAACGGCGCCUGUCUUUGGUGGUUUCCCCCAAGUUACUGAGAUUUCUCUGCUUCACAAGACAGAAUUAUAUCAUGAUAUCCCUCCGAAGUGCUGGCCUAUUGUGUAUUCUCCAGAUUACAACAUCACUUUUAUGGGACUAGAGAAGCUACAUCCAUUUGAUGCUGGGAAAUGGGGAAAAGUAAUAAAUUUCUUGAAAGAAGAAAAACUAAUUGCAGAUGACUUGAUUGUACGAGCUCAAGAAGCAACUGAAGAAGACCUUUUAGUUGUCCACACAAGACGCUACUUAAAUCGAUUAAAGAAGCAUAUACUGGAAAGCUUUGAAGAGUGGUCAUUUGUUGUGGCUACAAUUACAGAAAUCCCACCUGUUCUCUUUUUGCCCAAUUUCCUUGUUCAGAGGAAGGUACUAAGGCCCCUAAGAACACAAACUGGGGGAACAAUAAUGGCAGGGAAACUUGCUAUUGAGAGAGGAUGGGCAAUUAAUGUUGGUGGUGGCUUUCAUCACUGUUCAAGUGAUAAAGGUGGAGGAUUUUGUGCAUAUGCUGAUAUCACAUUGGCCAUAAAGUUUUUAUUUGAAAGAAUAGAAGGCGUUUCUAAGGCAACUAUUAUCGAUCUAGAUGCACAUCAGGGAAAUGGCCAUGAAAGAGACUUUAUGGAAGACAGAAAAGUGUAUAUUAUGGAUGUUUACAACAGGUAUAUUUAUCCAGGAGAUGGAUUUGCUAAACGAGCCAUAAAGCGGAAAAUUGAAUUGGACUGGGGCACUGAAGACACAGAAUAUCUUCAAAAAGUAAAAACACAUGUGGAAGGUGCAUUGAAUGAAGCAAGGCCAGACAUAAUUAUAUAUAAUGCAGGAACUGAUAUUUUGGAUGGUGACCCUUUGGGGGGCCUGGCUAUUUCACCUCAGGGAAUCAUUGAAAGAGAUGAAAUUGUAUUUAGAGCUGCGAGAAAACACAGAAUUCCUAUCUUGAUGGUGACAUCUGGAGGCUAUCAGAAAAGGACAGCACGGAUAAUUGCAGAUUCUCUUCUCAAUUUGCACAACCUAGGGCUUAUUGACAAGGAGCUUGCAUGUGGUGAAGCUGAAAACCCCAAGGUAGAAAAGAUGAUUAGAGAAUGUAGGGAAGAUCAGCUAACUUGUCAAUGAAGUAAGAUAAUAUGGGAUUGCUGUAGAAAGCUCUCUAAUUGUUUAAUAUUUAAACCAAGAGAUAAGAAAUUUCCCCAGUUCUCAUAGAAUUAAUAUGCUCUAAUGAGGAAAGAUUUGUCAUUUGCCUAUAAACACAAAUUUACCAUUGACUGCCCUAAUCCCUCAAUGAAUGCCAAGGACCUUUCUGAGAGCUCUUCUGGAGUUUUUAGAUGCUGCUUUGUUUAAUGACAUGCACUGUAGGGUUGGUUAUUCUUGCUGUGGUCAAAUCAACUUUUGUAAAGACUUGUAUGCCUUUUCUUUGCCCCACAGUGGUCUAUUUCUUUGAUUGAAGGAAAAUCAUGUAAUAGCUUAAGUUCAAAACAUUCUAAGGGUACAGUUUUUCUGCAGGUGGACAGAGAAACAUUUUAAAAGCAGAAUAGAAGUAUUUUAAGGAGUACUUGCAGAAAAUUUCAAACAUCAGAAAAAACUGGUAUGUGUCAUGGAAAUGAGAACUGUUAAAACCAUUUACAAGUUAAUUUCUGGCAGAAAAAAACAAGCCUUUUAAAAUGUGAGGUUAUGGUUUAUCUAAACAUCCCUAACAAAUCUUUCUUUAUUCCUUAAUUAAUUAUACUUCUUGUGGAGGUUUAUGAUACCUGUAGUAUUUUUUAAAUCACAAAAUGAUAAAUGCUGUUAUUUAGUUUUAGCACCUUUUUGUACAUCUGCUACCACAGUAUAAAUUAAAAUUGUAUGCAAUAAACUGUGCUUGCAAGCUAAAUACAUAUGAUCAAUGUAUUUAGCUGUGACAGCACCAAUCACCUUGGAUUCAUCUACCUAACAUCAGUGGUAUAUCUCUGUUGGCAGCAGCAGCCCAUGUUUUAAACGCGGCUGCUACCACAGCUAUGCUACCAGACCCAUUUCUCCCCCGCUCCACAGUAGUAGUUAAUCUUUACUAAGAGAGUAGUUAAUCUCUUCCAUUGCUUCCACCUCCCCCGCCCCCCACUAAGCAUCUCCUAAAGCUCCAGGAGCAGUAGCUCCUAAGCUUUCCUCAAUGGCUACUCACUAUUAAAAUGUCAUGGUCUAGCUCGCUAAGUGCACCAAGCAGGUAAUUACUAACAGAGAUUUGGCUAACCUUUCACUGUUCUUUUUUUACACUGCAGUAUUGCAAGUGUAGUGCCUGAUUUAGUUGCACAUAGAUUGUUCAGCUCAUGCUGGAUCAUGGCAGUUGGCUAUGAGUGGAAGAAUACACAGACAGAUCUUCAUGCACAUUGGGUCUAUCAUCCCUUUUUGCUUUUGUCUGGAAAGCAAGCCUUACACUAAAGAUGUGCACAAACAGCUUGUGUACUGGCUGAUGCACCAGCCAUGUGCAUACCGAUGCUGCAUGUAGGCUGCAGGGAACAGCGCCUCAGCCCCACUUGGCCGGUUUGGAACCGGGUGCUGCACCUGGAAAAGUGGUGGGGCAGAGAGGAGCAAGUAAAGAGCUCCUUACCGGCUCCUUAAGGGAACCACUCCCCACCCAGUUUUGCUGGUUUGAACACCAGUGUCCAAUCCAGUUUGGUGCUUCCCAGAGAAGGCGCCACACUGGCUCGUGCACAUCCCAACACCACAUUGUGUUUAAUGAGAUCAUACUGGGGGGUUUCAAAAACAUCAACAAUAUGGGCUGUUUAAUUGGGGGGGGGGGGGAGGAAACUGUCCAAGAACACGUUUAAGUUCUUAUAUUUGUGUGAAGGUGUCCAGUGGAUAGUGGCCAGUACUAAUUACAGGUGGACCUCAUUAUCCGUUGAGGUUCUGUUCCUGCAGAUUACUGUGGGUAAUGAAACUGCAGAUAAUGAGUAAUUGAGCCUAUGGGAAAAUGGAGAUUAGGUUCCCAGACUCUCUCUCUCUCUCUCUCUCUCUCUCUCUCUCUCUCUCUCUCUCUCUCUCUCUCUCUCACACACACACACACACACACACACACACACACACACACACCCCAAAACAGGCCAAAUAAAGUGCCCUACCAUGCUCCAUCGGUCUCCUGGCAUCCAGCAAUGCCUCCUAAAAGUCUAAAACUAUCCCCCAAAUCAUGGGCUUUCCCCCAUUUCUUUGCUGAAAUGAGUCUCAAAACGUGGAAGAAAUGGUGGCUGGAAGUGACUUCCACAGUCACUUCCAGUCCUCUAGGAACCACGGAUACGUGGGUUUUAACCCUUUCAGAUACGUGGAUAUUGAAAUCGGGUGUCAAUUAAACACUCUUGAAUAUGCGGGACUAUGGAUAUAGAAUCUGUAUUUCACGAGGUUCUCCUGUACAUAUUUCCCCCCUCAAAUUGGCUAUCGUUAUUUGAUGUGCAAUGCUGCCAGUCUUUCCUCCUCAGAAUGGUAUAACACAUGUUGCUUUCUAUCUGAUUGGGUUUUUUCCCUUGUUUGCAACAGGGGGAAAAAACAGGAUCAUGUAAAAAGACUUAUAAUCCAUUUCAAAAAGACACCCUGACACAAUAUGGUAAAAGUUAGAACUGGCAGAAAAGUUAAAACUACAUGACGAAUGCAACACUGUUCCAGUGAAAUCAACGGGAGGUUCUUAAGUAGUCCCACUGAGUUCACUGGAAGUUAUUGGCAAACAAUGUUUCUGCAUUACACCUAUCAAGACUGGAUACCCUGGUAUGCUACUUUAAAAAAUAAGGAUCGAAGAGAUAAUGUCUGUAAGAUAUUUUGGUUAUAGAUAUCUUCUUAAUGGUAGUAUAUUAAUGGUAAUAUAUGUUAUGUGGUACUAUUGCACAUACUACAUACAGUACAGUUAAGUUAUGAAACAUAUAUAAAAUAAUUGAAAUUAAACUGAUAUGUAAAUAUCAAUUUACAUUUUAUAGUUUUUAGUUUUUAGAAUUGUGUAAAUCAUCUUUUUUCUCUUAUAAAACAAGCAAAAGAGUAAGUGUAUCUGUUCUCAAAUUUAUCAUGUGUCUUAAUGGGUAAAAGGAAAUGUUAACUACUCAGGUUAGUUUUGUUUGUUUAAUUUUAGAACUUUCUAAUGAAUUAAAGCCCAUUCUUAUCUUUUAAAAAGUGGUGUAACUUUUAAAUUGAACUUUGAAUUAAUUUGGAUUUAUUAAGAAAGUAAAUAGCUGUCAUCAGCUGUAUAGUUGGUGGCAGUAGCUGAAAUGUAAAGUGUGCCAUGAAUAGUACAUUGAACUGACUGAAUUUCUGAAAUAAGCUAAAAAAAUAAAAUUCCAUGUCAACAGAAUUGUAGAGAAUGAUGAAUGUUAGGAACUAAUACAUGUAAAGCAAAUCAAACAAAGUAGACAUACUUUGGAAAACUCUUCUUGUAAAGACCCUUCAACUGGAGUCUUGAUAGUGAGGCCAUUGCUCUAAAAUGGUGCUGCUUGCACAAAAUCUUGAUACUGAUGAUGACCAGAACAGUGUCACACAUGCGGAGGACACUGUACUUGUGCAAGCUGUCGUGCUACAUCUAGAGCUUGCGUUCCAGACUAGUGUUGCACAACCGUUUCACACCCCAUUCAUGUUAAUAGGAAUUUUGUGCAAAUGCACUCUUAUUCAAAUUUCAUUUUUAGCACAACUAAGACAUCCUCUUGUGCUAGCACAGCAGUGCUCAUUCUGCAUGUGAUAUACUGCUGUGGAUGUCAUCCAGUGUUCUCAGAAUUUGAAAAAUAUAUAGGAGAAAACAAUUUGACUUCUAGGUGUUCAACAGUACAGCGCUAGCUUAUUUCACUCGUCCAUUCCUGUUGUGUCUGUUUACAAGAUGUCAGUAUAUCUCAGUAAUAGAAUAAGCUUGCAAUGGUACUUGAAUAUGAAUAAUGUUAAAUUGUAAUAGAAAUGCUACUACUACUAUUUAUGUACUGCUUUUCAACAAAAGAUCUCAAAGCAGUUUACAUAGAAAAAUAAUAAUACUUAUGCUCAGUUACUACUAUUUCUCAAACUGCACUAGAUAGUUAUAGAAAAAUCCUCAACUUGCUAUGAAUGUUUCACUUUGAUACCCAGGCCUAAUAUUGAAUAGCAACACUGUCUUCAAAAAGCACUUUCCUCUAAUCAGAAUGUUUAAACACUAUUACUAUAUAGAUUUUUAUUCCUAGAUUGUAUAGUAUAUUAUCUAGAGUUGUUUAUAAUUUGGAAUAAUUCUUAUAUGUUUACAUUUGUAUUGAGUUUAAACCACUGUGAUACUGCCAUUUAGUGUAAUACUAAAAAGCUGAUGUUUAAUGUUCUUAUUUAUUGAUAAAAUUAAAAUACUACACUUUU